UUGGAGCUACACACCACGAUGAUCAGAAUCAGGGUUGUUGUGGUACUUUUCAGUACAAUAUAUGUGACACAAUGCAACAAUGUUCAGCGGCAUGUUCAAGUUCAGGGGGUUCAAAUUGGUGACCCAGUGACUCUCUACUGUGUUUUCUCGAAGCAAGUAUUCAAUGAGGGAAACAUGUUCUGGUUCAAGCACGUAACAGGGGAAAUUCCUCAGGUUGUUGCAAGGAUGCAGAAAAAUCAGUCAAGGCCUGAUCUGCACAAGGAAUUGAACAAUUCACAUCUUAGUGUGGAGAAGGCUCAAGCUGACGGGAUAUAUCGUCUCACGAUCUCAAAGAUGGAACCAACGGAUCAAGCCAUUUACUAUUGUGUCCAUAGGAUAGACUAUGAAGUCAACUUUAUCAAUGGGACUGUUUUAGUAUUAAAAGGUAAGAAUCACCAGAGGUCUGAUUACAAGACCGUGGUACAGCGGCCAAUGUCUGACCCAUUCUACCCAGGAGAAAAUGUGACUCUGCAGUGUACAGUGCUCUCUGAGACCUGUACAGGAGAACACAGUGUGUACUGGUUCAGAGCCAGAUCAGGAGAAUCCCAUCCAGGAGUCAUUUACACCCUUGGGAACAGGAGAGAUGAGUGUGAGAAGAGCCCUGAGACUCCCUCUCCUACAAAGAGCUGUGUCUACAACCUCUCCAAGAACAACCUCAGCCCCUUGGAUGCUGGGACUUACUACUGUGCUGUGGCCACAUGUGGGGAGAUCCUGUUUGGCAACGGAACAAAACUGGACCUGGCCAUUAACACGGAAUGGAAUGAGUCAGGUAGAAUCAGGUUAAUUGAAGUGUACAGGCGUAGGAUCUUAAUUUGA